AUGCCGGACACUCCAGUCAAAUCUGAGGCUGUGGCGGAGGGGGAAGUGAGAAAGGACUUUAGCACGGCAAUCCUGGAGCGAAAGAAGAGCCCCAACCGCCUGCUGGUCGAUGAUGCCGUGAACGACGACAACUCCGUGGUUACCCUGCACCCCAAGACCAUGGAGACGCUGGACCUGUUCCGCGGCGACACGGUGCUGCUGAAGGGCAAGAAGCGCAAGGACACGGUGUGCAUCGUCCUCUCCGACGACACCUGCGAGGAGGCCAAGAUCCGGCUGAACAAGGUGGUGCGCAAGAACCUGCGCGUGCGCCUGGGCGACAUCGUGUCGGUGCACCAGUGCCCCGACGUCAAGUACGGCCAGCGCGUGCACGUGCUGCCCUUCGAGGACACGGUGGAGGGCAUCACGGGGAACCUGUUCGACGCCUUCCUCAAGCCCUACUUCGUGGAGGCCUACCGCCCCGUGCGCAAGGGCGACACCUUCCUCGUCCGCGGCGGCAUGCGCACCGUGGAGUUCAAGGUCGUGGAGACCGACCCCGCCGAGUACUGCAUCGUCGCGCCGGACACCGAGAUCUACUGCGAGGGCGAGAGCAUCAAGCGCGAGGACGAGGAGCGCCUGGAUGAGGUAGGGUACGACGACGUGGGCGGCGUGCGCAAGCAGAUGGCCCAGAUCCGGGAGCUGGUGGAGCUGCCGCUGCGCCACCCGCAGCUGUUCAAGACCAUCGGGGUGAAGCCGCCCAAGGGCAUCCUGCUGUACGGCCCCCCCGGGUCGGGCAAGACCUUGAUCGCGCGCGCGGUGGCCAACGAGACGGGCGCCUUCUUUUUCCUCAUCAAUGGCCCCGAGAUCAUGAGCAAGCUGGCAGGGGAGUCCGAGUCCAACCUGCGCAAGGCGUUCGAGGAGGCGGAGAAGAACGCGCCCGCCAUCAUCUUCAUCGAUGAGAUCGACUCCAUCGCGCCCAAGCGCGACAAGACGCAGGGCGAGGUGGAGCGCCGCAUCGUCAGCCAGCUGCUGACCCUGAUGGAUGGGCUGAAGUCGCGGAGCCACGUCAUCGUCAUGGGCGCCACCAACCGCCCCAACUCCAUCGACGCCGCGCUGCGCCGCUUUGGCCGGUUUGACCGGGAGAUCGACAUCGGCGUGCCGGACGAGGUGGGCCGCCUGGAGGUCCUACGCAUCCACUCCCGCAACAUGAAGCUGGGGGAGGACGUGGACCUGGAGGCCGUGGCGCGCGACACCCACGGCUACGUCGGCGCCGACCUGGCCGCCCUGUGCACGGAGGCCGCGCUGCAGUGCAUCCGCGAGAAGAUGGAUGUGAUCGACCUGGAGGAUGACAGUAUCGAUGCGGAGGUGCUCAACUCCAUGGCGGUGACCAUGGACAACUUCAAGACCGCUCUGGGGCUGAGCAAUCCCUCCGCGCUGCGCGAGACGGUGGUGGAGGUGCCCAACGUCACCUGGGAGGACGUGGGCGGGCUGGAGGGCGUCAAACGCGAGCUGCAGGAGACGGUGCAGUACCCGGUGGAGCACCCAGACAAGUUUGAAAAGUUUGGCAUGGCGCCCUCAAAGGGCGUGCUCUUCUACGGCCCGCCAGGCCACUUGACACCACAUUCUGCACUCUGGCAGGAGGAGCUGCCAGACAAGGAAGUGAAGCCGGAUUUCGGUUUGUCGGGAGCACUGGCAGCCGAGACCAACACUGUCAACGGUGUGGUACUACUCUAUCAGGAGCCACCCGAGGCCUCGAUGCCCACACAACAGUGGAGGCUAUACACCUUCAAGAGCGGGGAGCCACAUGGGAAGCCCCUCUUUCUUCACAGGCGAACGGAGAAGGAGGGCGCUGAUGGCAUGAUGGUGGCUGCGGUGCGCCCCUAUCUCAUGGACCUGGGGUCCACCAACGGCACAUUUCUGAAUGGCGAGCGCCUGGAUGACAAGCGCUUCUAUGAGCUUCUGGAGCAGGACAUGAUCCGGACGGGGCCCCCGCCCCCCCCCUUUGCAGGCUGCGGUAAGACGCUGUUGGCCAAGGCCAUCGCCAACGAGUGCCAGGCCAACUUCAUCUCCAUCAAGGGCCCCGAGCUGCUCACCAUGUGGUUUGGCGAGUCGGAGGCCAACGUGCGCGAGAUCUUCGACAAGGCGCGCCAGUCCGCGCCCUGCGUCCUCUUCUUUGACGAGCUGGACUCCAUCGCGGUGCAGCGCGGCGGGUCGGUGGGCGACGCCGGCGGCGCGGGGGACCGCGUGCUCAACCAGCUGCUGACGGAGAUGGACGGUAUGAACAGCAAGAAGACGGUGUUCAUCAUCGGGGCCACCAACCGCCCGGACAUCAUCGACCCGGCGCUGCUGCGCCCGGGGCGCCUGGACCAGCUCAUCUACAUCCCGCUGCCGGACGACGCGUCGCGCCGCCAGAUCUUCAAGGCCUGCCUGCGCAAGAGCCCCGUGGCGCCCGACGUCGACCUGGACCUCCUGUCCAAGGUGACCAAUGGUUUCUCGGGGGCAGACAUCACGGAGAUCUGCCAGAGGGCGUGCAAGUAUGCCAUCCGCGAAAGCAUCGAGCAGGACAUCCGCCGCGAGGCGGAGCAUGGCGCCAGCGAGGCCGCCGGCGAGCUGAUGGACGAGGACAUGCCGGACCCGGUCCCUGCCCUCACCAGGGCGCACUUCGAGGAGGCCAUGAAGUACGCGCGGCGCUCGGUGUCGGACGGGGACAUCCGCAAGUACCAGGCCUUUGCGCAGACCCUGCAGCAGUCGCGCGGGUUUGGGUCCGACUUCAGGUUCCCCGACGCCCCGGGGACCGAGGCAGGGACCGGCGGCAGCGCCGCGGCAGGCGAUGCCGCCCUGGCCUCCGCUGGGGCCGUGGACGACGACGACCUCUAUGCCUGA